AUGGCACGCAUUACCAGAUCACAAUAUGCUGGAAAAAGCAAAAAGUUCCUGGAUGAAGAUAUAGUCGAUGCAGAGAUAAUCGCUGUAAGCUCCCGCGAGCCAACUCUCGAGCCAGAAACCCUCAAUGACGAAGACCAAGAAGAAUCGGACUCAGACUCAGACUCAGACGCACCUGAGGAAGAAUCGACAUCGGUUGCCAAAGAUCAAAUGAUGGACAAACUCAAAAAGGAUAAACAAAGACAACAGGAAUUACGCCAACAAGAACGUAAGAAACGGAAACAGAGAGACGCCCAACUAAGAGAGCAGCUGGAGGCACGUAGAGAAAGAAUCCGUGAGUUGGCUGCUGCUGAGGAGCUUCCGGAUUUAUUGCCGGAAGAGGUGCUUGCGCCGGAACCUGAGACUCAAGGAAAACACAUACGGCUGGAAGAGCUAGAACGGGAGCACGCAGAGAGUCGCAAGAGGGCUAAGCUAGAUAAGUUGCGUCAAAUCAAGGAACUUCGAAAACAGGCAUUGAAAAAAGGUCCGGUGCAUGUUCAGGUCCAAGCGUUCGGGCUGUCUAAGCGGACGGUGCCUCGUGCCGAGGCUAGUGUACUCGAAACGAAGCACAGCUGGUUGCAACGUGCAUCUUUGGGCAAAAAAUAA